AUGGCGCAAUCAACCAAACAGUCUGAUUUGGACAUCAAAUGCGCCAAAGCUCGGCCUUGGGUGCGACGUUUCGUGGAAGAAUAUCAGGAUGGGAGACCGUGGGGUUAUGGGAUGUUCCAGGAUCCGACAGUUGGCGAUGAGAAGAUGGACGAGUGCAUGUGCAGGCUCGAUCUUUUACUGCAGACUGCGCAAGGUGCUGUGUUUGGUCGCAGUCUUGACGAGUUUCCAAGUUUUCAGUGGGAGUACCUGGACUGGCCAGAAGGGAGUGAGGAUGGAGAUUUGGAGGCAGAUCCUGAGAUCGAAGCCGCGCAAGAACAGACGCCGCUCGAGCCCGAGGCCACGGAGGAGAAACCAGAGGACCCGGAGCCAAUAGCGAACGCAUCUCAACCUGGGAAAGCCGCACAGCAGCAGUCUGAACGUGGCAUAGGCGCUGGAGGUAUAAAAGAGGACAAUGCCGAUCUAGAAGAUGGUGAAGAGGACGCAGAAACCGACUUGGGCUCAGAAGAUACAGAAGAGGAUCUGGACGAGGAUGGCGACGAUCAGAAAGAAGUCGAAGACGAUGCUUCUGAAGAAGAUGACGAAGACGAGGACGACGCCGAUAUCGACCUGGUCAAAGAACUCCCCAAAGUCCGCGCUCAUUUCAAUUGGGUCUGCCAUCAGAAGAAGCGACGCAAAGUCCACGAAUCCUUAGAUGUCGACCGCAGUGGCAUGCCCCGCGGACUUCUUCGCGGCGUCUUUAUCCUUAUCGAUGAGGAUGCGGCAGACUCCAUCGUGGCCACGUCUUCUUAUGCCGAUAAUUCCUGGGUCUGGGCUAUCGAUCCGAACUAUACAGGCGAUAUUGCAUCAAUGACGAAGAACGGCCUGAAGGAUGAGUACUACGGCUAUAUGCGUGUGCGAUUGCAGCAGCUGGUCAACAAUUUUUGGGUCGCGUUGCGUCAGGACAAUCUGAUUUUGCCUACGCUGUGGGAGGCUGCAAAGCAGAGCCUGAAUUGUGCAUUUGUAUCGGUUGAUCCUGAGGAGGCACAGCUGUCAUGGGGAGGCAGGAACUUGGGCAGCGCCUUGAGAGCGUACCCGGACACCAGCGAUAGUCAUAUUGUCGUCGGCGCAACGUUGCUGCUGCGAGGCCUGGAGUGGGUCGAGGCGUUGAAGACAGUCGCUCGUACAGACGGCGGCGAGGUCAUCGCUACUCGAGAAGUAGACGUUGAAUUCGACUGA